AUGUUGUCAUUUAUUGAAUUGAUUGGUGCUGCUACUUGUAAAGAAAAUGGCGUUGGUCAGGCAAUGAAACUUUUAAUUGAGAUGAUGAGCAAAGGAUGCAAACCUAAUGUAGUUACAUAUAAUGUUGUUGUAAAAUGGAUAUGCAAUGAAGGUAGGUUGGAUGAAGCAAUUAGAUUUUUAAACAAAUUCCCUUCAUAUGGUUGUCAUCCUGAUGUGAUUUCCCAACUAUCAUCUCGCGAAGCUUGCGCACUAGUUAAAGCCCUUAAUGUCUUGGAUAUGAUGCCAAAACAUAGUUGUACACCUAAUUCCAGAAGUUACAAUCCAUUGAUUGAAGGGUUUUGUAACAAGAAGAGUGUUGUCAGAGCAAUUGAGUACUUGGAAAUAAUGAUAUCCUGGGGUUGUUACCCAGAUGUAGUGACCUAUAGCAUUUUCAAGGGGUGUCCUCCUGUUUUAAUUACUUAA